AUGGGGACGGCGCUUCUCCAGCGUGGGGGCUGCUUUCUCCUGUGCCUCUCGCUGCUGCUCCUGGGCUGCUGGGCAGAGCUGGGCAGCGGGCUCGAGUUCCCGGGCGCUGAGGGCCAGUGGACACGCUUCCCCAAGUGGAACGCCUGCUGCGAGAGCGAGAUGAGCUUCCAGCUCAAGACUCGCAGCGCCCGCGGUCUCGUGCUCUACUUCGACGACGAGGGCUUCUGCGACUUCCUGGAGCUCAUCCUGACGCGCGGCGGCCGCCUGCAGCUCAGCUUCUCCAUCUUCUGCGCGGAGCCCGCCACACUCCUGGCCGACACACCGGUCAACGACGGCGCCUGGCACAACGUGCGUAUCCGCCGCCAGUUCCGCAACACCACACUCUUCAUCGACCAGGUGGAAGCCAAGUGGGUGGAGGUCAAGUCGAAGCGCAGGGACAUGACCGUGUUCAGCGGCCUCUUUGUCGGGGGGCUGCCCCCGGAACUGCGCGCUGCGGCGCUCAAGCUGACGCUGGCCUCGGUGCGGGAGCGAGAGCCCUUUAAAGGGUGGAUCCGUGAUGUGAGGGUCAACUCCUCCCAAGCCCUGCCAGUGGACAGCGGCGAGGUGAAGCUGGACGACGAGCCGCCCAACAGUGGCGGGGGGAGCCCGUGCGAGGCUGGCGAGGAGGGCGAGGGCGGGGUGUGCCUCAACGGAGGCGUGUGCUCCGUGGUUGACGACCAGGCGGUGUGCGACUGUUCGAGAACCGGCUUCCGCGGCAAGGACUGCAGCCAAGUCAUUAAUGUGUGUCCAAUGUUGCUACAUGACAAUGACCAAGGAAAAUAUUUUAUAAAUACCGAAAAACCUAUGAACAGAAAGGACAACAAUGUGGAAGGUCUGGCGCACCUGAUGAUGGGCGACCAAGGUAAAAGUAAAGGAAAAGAAGAAUAUAUUGCCACUUUCAAGGGAUCUGAAUACUUCUGCUACGACUUGUCUCAAAACCCCAUCCAAAGCAGCAGCGAUGAAAUAACUCUGUCCUUUAAAACUCUUCAGAGGAAUGGACUGAUGCUUCACACCGGGAAAUCGGCUGAUUAUGUCAAUCUUGCCCUGAAAAAUGGAGCUGUUUCUCUGGUCAUUAAUUUGGGAUCAGGGGCCUUUGAAGCACUAGUGGAGCCCGUGAAUGGAAAGUUUAAUGAUAAUGCCUGGCAUGAUGUGAAAGUCACCAGGAAUCUGCGUCAGCACUCAGGCAUUGGACACGCUAUGGUAAACAAACUACAUUGUUCGGUGACAAUAUCAGUGGAUGGGAUUCUUACCACAACGGGCUACACGCAAGAAGAUUAUACCAUGCUGGGGUCUGAUGACUUUUUCUAUGUUGGAGGCAGUCCCAGCACAGCAGACCUUCCAGGGUCACCAGUCAGUAACAACUUUAUGGGCUGUCUCAAAGAGGUUGUAUAUAAAAAUAAUGAUGUAAGACUGGAAUUAUCUCGUCUUGCCAAACAAGGAGACCCUAAGAUGAAGAUCCAUGGAGUGGUAGCAUUUAAAUGUGAGAAUGUUGCAACUUUGGACCCAAUCACCUUUGAAACCCCAGAGUCUUUCAUCUCUUUGCCUAAAUGGAACGCAAAGAAAACAGGCUCCAUAUCAUUUGAUUUCCGUACAACAGAGCCAAAUGGCCUCAUCUUAUUUAGCCAUGGCAAGCCAAGACACCAAAAAGAUGCCAAGCACCCUCAGAUGAUAAAGGUUGACUUCUUUGCUAUUGAGAUGCUGGAUGGCCAUCUCUACCUCCUCCUGGACAUGGGGUCAGGUACAAUAAAAAUCAAAGCCCUACAGAAGAAGGUGAAUGAUGGAGAAUGGUAUCAUGUGGACUUCCAGAGAGAUGGACGGUCAGGUACCAUUUCUGUCAACACGCUGCGCACGCCCUAUACUGCUCCUGGCGAGAGCGAGAUUCUGGACCUGGAUGAUGAGUUGUACCUGGGGGGCUUGCCAGAAAAUAAGGCUGGCCUCGUCUUCCCCACCGAGGUGUGGACUGCUCUGCUCAAUUAUGGCUACGUGGGCUGCAUUAGAGAUUUGUUCAUUGAUGGCCAGAGCAAAGAUAUCCGGCAAAUGGCUGAAAUUCAAAGUACUGCUGGAGUGAAGCCCUCCUGCUCAAGGGAAACAGCAAAACCGUGCCUUAGCAACCCCUGCAAAAACAAUGGCAUGUGCAGGGAUGGGUGGAACAGAUAUGUCUGUGAUUGUUCCGGAACAGGCUAUCUUGGCAGGUCCUGCGAGAGAGAGGCAACGGUUCUGAGCUACGAUGGGAGUAUGUUUAUGAAAAUCCAGCUCCCGGUGGUGAUGCACACAGAGGCUGAAGAUGUGUCCUUACGGUUCCGAUCACAGCGUGCAUACGGCAUUCUCAUGGCAACCACUUCUAGAGAUUCAGCAGACACCCUCCGCCUGGAGCUGGAUGCAGGGCGUGUGAAACUGACGGUCAAUCUAGAUUGUAUCAGGAUUAACUGUAAUUCCAGCAAAGGUCCCGAGACCCUUUUUGCCGGCUAUAACCUCAAUGAUAACGAAUGGCACACAGUGCGUGUGGUCCGUCGAGGAAAAAGUUUAAAGUUAACCGUGGAUGACCAACAGGCCAUGACAGGUCAAAUGGCAGGCGAUCACACGAGGCUGGAGUUUCAUAACAUAGAGACUGGCAUCAUCACGGAACGUCGGUAUCUGUCUUCUGUCCCCUCCAACUUCAUUGGACACCUGCAAAGCCUGACAUUUAAUGGAAUGGCAUACAUUGACUUGUGUAAAAAUGGUGACAUAGAUUACUGUGAGCUCAAUGCCAGAUUUGGCUUCAGGAACAUCAUAGCAGACCCUGUCACCUUCAAGACCAAAUCAAGUUAUGUUGCCUUAGCUACAUUGCAAGCCUACACUUCUAUGCAUCUUUUUUUCCAGUUCAAGACAACAUCCCUAGAUGGACUAAUACUAUAUAAUAGUGGGGAUGGAAAUGACUUUAUUGUGGUCGAAUUAGUUAAAGGGUACUUACAUUAUGUGUUUGAUUUGGGAAAUGGUGCUAACCUUAUCAAAGGGAGCUCAAAUAAACCUCUCAAUGACAAUCAGUGGCACAAUGUGAUGAUAUCAAGGGACACCAGCAAUCUCCACACUGUCAAAAUUGACACGAAAAUCACAACACAAAUCACUGCGGGAGCCAGGAACUUGGACCUUAAAAGUGACUUAUAUAUAGGAGGAGUGGCUAAAGAAACCUACAAAUCUUUGCCGAAACUCGUCCAUGCCAAGGAGGGUUUUCAAGGCUGCCUGGCCUCAGUUGAUUUAAAUGGACGACUUCCAGACCUCAUCUCAGAUGCUCUUUUCUGCAAUGGACAGAUUGAGAGAGGAUGUGAAGGACCCAGCACAACCUGCCAAGAGGACUCCUGUUCCAAUCAAGGUGUGUGCUUGCAGCAAUGGGAUGGCUUCAGCUGUGACUGUAGUAUGACUUCCUUCAGUGGUCCACUCUGCAAUGACCCUGGGACAACAUAUAUCUUUAGCAAAGGUGGUGGACAAAUCACGUAUAAGUGGCCUCCUAAUGACCGGCCAAGUACACGAGCAGACAGACUGGCCAUAGGGUUUAGCACUGUUCAAAAAGAAGCUGUAUUGGUGCGAGUGGACAGUUCUUCUGGCCUGGGUGACUACCUAGAGCUUCAUAUACACCAAGGAAAAAUUGGAGUUAAAUUUAAUGUUGGGACAGAUGACAUCGCCAUUGAGGAGUCCAAUGCAAUCAUUAACGAUGGGAAAUACCAUGUAGUCCGUUUUACAAGGAGUGGUGGCAAUGCCACAUUACAGGUGGACAGCUGGCCAGUGAUCGAGCGCUACCCUGCAGGAAACAAUGAUAACGAGCGCCUGGCGAUUGCUAGACAGCGAAUUCCAUAUCGACUUGGUCGAGUAGUUGAUGAAUGGCUACUCGACAAAGGGCGUCAGCUCACAAUCUUCAAUAGCCAAGCAACCAUAAUAAUUGGCGGGAAAGAGCAGGGCCAGCCCUUCCAGGGCCAGCUCUCUGGGCUUUACUACAAUGGCUUGAAAGUUCUGAAUAUGGCAGCCGAAAAUGAUGCCAACAUCGCCAUAGUGGGAAAUGUGAGACUUGUUGGUGAAGUGCCUUCCUCAAUGACAACUGAGUCGACAGCCACUGCCAUGCAGUCAGAGAUGUCCACAUCAAUUAUGGAGACCACCACAACCCUAGCUACUAGCACAGCCAGAAGAGGAAAGCCCCCUACAAAAGAACCCAUUAGCCAGACCACAGAUGACAUCCUUGUGGCCUCAGCAGAAUGUCCCAGCGACGAUGAGGACAUUGACCCCUGUGAGCCGAGCUCAGGUGGGUUAGCUAACCCAACCCGAGCUGGCGGGCGAGAGCCGUACCCAGGCUCAGCGGAAGUGAUUCGGGAGUCCAGCAGCACCACAGGCAUGGUGGUGGGGAUCGUAGCUGCCGCCGCCCUGUGCAUUCUCAUUCUCCUCUAUGCCAUGUACAAGUACAGAAACCGGGAUGAAGGCUCGUAUCAUGUGGACGAGAGUCGAAACUACAUCAGUAACUCAGCACAGUCCAACGGGGCUGUUGUAAAGGAGAAACAACCCAGCAGUGCGAAAAGCGCCAACAAAAAUAAGAAAAACAAGGAUAAAGAGUAUUACGUCUGAUCCCAAGAUCUUAAAAAAGACCCUUGUAUAGAAAUAGUCUUCAUUUUAUCUGAGACAUAAUAUAAACUUAUUUACUUUCCUUUUUACGAAGCACAUACAAAAGAAGACAGGGAAUGCAAUCAGGAAGGAAAGACUGUUUUUAAAAAAAUAAAAACAAGUAUCUCAUGCUCUUGUUUCUCCAAAAAAGAAAGAAAAACAAAACAAAAACAAAAACAAACAGGGGCCAAUAAAUUCCCUAACAUCCACAGUGUUUUCAUUUACUCUGCCUGUCUUUAUGUUGCUGGAACAUUUCUAAAAGACAGUGAUGACCGCACGCAUUCAUAAAGCAAAGGAGUAUUACAACAUCAAGGCAUAACACAAAAACAACGCAACACACAACACACACACACAUACACACACACACACACCAAAAAAAAAAAAAAAAAAAAAAAAAAAGAAGCUACCUAUGAUCCUGGAUUUAGCCAAAGUGCUAGCGCUUUCCUGAGAAGUCAGUUAGCCCGAUUGCCAGAGAAGACGGUGUCAUUUGGAAUGACCCAAACUGCAAACCUUUGGGUUUACCCCCUGGCGCAGCUGGAACAGUGGUUGGAACUUGCAUUUGAAACAAAGUGCUGGCUUUUUUGAAGACUUGUGUAGGAACACAUUCAAAAAGCCCCUUUCUGGUUGUGAGAGAAUAAAAAAGUAUGGAGGCCUUAUUUUCAACAAUGUGAAAUAUAAGGCACAUUUUCACACUAAAAUUUCAAAACAAACAAAAAAAACCCAAGAGGGCAUAGAUGCAAUCAUUGGGAAAUUUUCAUGCACGCUUAAUAUGUUAUUACAUAUGUUUAUAUAAAAUCCAUCUCUGUGUGCUUUCUGGACUGUGAUAAGUGACGUUUUAUAGCCUGUUGUAUAGAAAAUGCAAAAUAUAUCUCUGCUCUUCAGCCAUUUUUGGUAAAUUCAAUGUUAUAAGUGUUGCUAAGUAUAGGGAGUUUUAUGACAUCGGAGCAACAAUUAUUUCAGGGUUUUGGUUUUGGUUUUUGUUUUUUGUUUUUUUGCCACCAUUAUAAAUUGCCACAAUUACUUACUUUUUUAAAAAAAAAUUACAAUGUAGUGUUUAUUCUAAGGAAGAUAUGUAUGAAUGUAUAUAAAAAGACUCAGCUACUUUUUUUUUCUAACAUGUACAGCCUUCAUUCUGUUGCAAUUAAGUUUUAGUAUUUGUAUGAAAGGUGUGAAUUAGAAGGUAAAAUAUAUACAUAUGUAUCUUAUAAUCUUCUUUUCUCCCCCAAAUACUCACAUUUUUCAUAUAUUUUCACCAUUUACAGUCACACACACACACACAGACACACACAUCCAGAGGAAUCCAUCAGAUAUGAUGGAAAACCUGAACAUAUAUAUAACAGCAAAUAUUUACUGACAAAUUGAAAAGCAGGAAGGAAGGAAGAUAGUUGUGCCAAGGUAUUAGUGACAAAUGGGGUGAUUUGCUUCAUUGAGAUCAUGCUCCCAAGAAACCCUGGGAAGAUUUUAGUCCCUAAUGAAAUGGAACCUUUUCUUACCAAAUAGAAUAUCACUGGUGUAUUGCUGCAUGAAUAUGAAACAUUAUGUUGGGAGGUUACAGAAGCAAAAUUGGUUAAUCUACAGCUUAACCCUGGCUGCUGCAAUUGAAAACUUUGUUUCCAAUAAAAUCGUGUGUAUAUAUAUAUAUAUAUAUAUAUAUAUAUAUAUAUAUAUACACACGCACACACACACACACACGCAUACACACGCACACACACACACACUCUGAACCUGAUGUGCAUGAUAAAUACUUUGGAAAGUAAACAUUUUCUCAACUAAGAAAGUAUUUUCAACAAUUGUGUUAGUAUCCAUCUAAAAAUAUCAUUCUCUGUUGAUUAUUGACCAUAUUUUAACUUUUCUGGUUUUACAUAUAUAUCAUUAAAUAUAGUUUUAGUUUAACACACAUUAAGCGAUAGAAAAGUAUAGAUGACACACUUGUUUUUGCAUAUUGUUUCAAUGAUGUUCAUAGCAAUAAAUUAUUAAUAUGAGCAGGUAAUGCAAAGGAAAUGCAUUAUUAGAUUGGAAGGUGAUGCCUCAGUAAAAAUUGGUCGCAUUACUUUAACAUCUCCUAAAAGAAUGUUAGAUUUCAUAAAAGAGAAUACCUUUACCAUGAGCUUUAAUCAGCAAAGGCAAAAAAUGCAAAACAUCUUUUGCGAUACUUCAGUUGAUGAAAAAAGCCAAGAAGUGGCCUGGAUUUCAGACAUACAGCACCUUAGAAAUAUGUAUAAUUCAUAGCAAAUCACCACUAUCUAUGGUUGCCAAGUAAUUGUGGUGUGUGAAAAGUCUAAAAGGCUUUUCAUGACCCAGAAAGUGGAGGUUUAAAACUAAAAUUUAGUAUCCAUAACUUGUGUUUCAGAUUUUCUUCUUCUUCUUUUUUUUUAAUUUGCUCGCUUUAAGAAUUCAUGUCUUUUUUUUUUUUCUCUAAUUCAGUCUUACUCAGGGAAAGCCAGUGAAAUAAGAAGGUAAAUAUGAAACCACUAAUUUACAUCUUGAGGUUUUACAAAGAAAUGGUUGCUUUUCCAUUUGCUCUAUUGAACUCAAACUAGUUUCCAUCUGGAAAGAUUCUAAAAUAUGAUAGAAAUAAUUAAUGGUUUUUAUAAGAAGUAUAUCUAUGAAGGAUGUUGUUGGGGUUGAUUUCAAUAUUUCUUUCCAGCAUAAAUUUUAAAAUUUCAUGCAAUGAUCUAAUAUUGUCAGUAAAAAUAUUUUUAAUGUUAUUGGCCUACACAAAAUCUAGCAAUUUUUUUUCUUCUUUCUUUCUUUUUGAAUGGAGAAAGAAAAGAGAGGAACAUGAGCUAGAGAGAAAAAAAAGACAUGAAUAAGAUCCCAAGUAUCUUCAUACCAAAUGUAUCAGGGUUCCAUGAAUAGUUGGCAGUUAACAGGAUUUCACACUACCUGGCAUAAAUUUGAUUACAUCUCUAGACUGUAACUUUUCUGAUUGAGUAUGCUUCUUUUUUAUCCAUGUAAUGUGUUGCCUUUUUAAAACAAAAAAAACAAAUACUACAAUAAUGUGUGAGGUGGUCAAUCCCCAAAACAUCAAAGAAAGGCCACAUGACCCUACCCUUCUAGUGCUUUGUGUGAUUGGGUAUCUAAGGGUUUUGUUUUGUUUUUUCUGUUGCAAGGCCAAUUUCUCCAUUAUUGGAAAUGCUA